AUGAACAGCCAAAUGGCAAAUUAUCGGCGUUAUCCAUGUUUUCCCACGUGUCGUAUACCUGAUAAACGUGACUUCAUGGAUUCUAAUCCACCACGUAGUAACGAGGAUUUUUAUCGUCACUAUGAUCCAUGGAUUGGUAUUAGUACAGCCAUUAUUCUUUCUUUAUUUUUUGUGCUUAUCGCAUUCAAAACAUUUGUGAAAUGGUUUCUGUAUCAAAUUAAUAAUUGGCGAUAUUAUCGACGAGAUCAGCGUGAAACAGGCUGUAAGAAUUAUAAGCAGAAUCAUACGCUAUACUUGGACACAACUAGUUCUGCUGUUGUCAAUACGGAAAUUGCUGAUAAUGGUCAUAUAUCAGCAUUAGCUAGUUGUUGCGUGGAACGAUGA